ACCGGUUUAAUUUCUUGCCAGCUCACACCCAUCUUCAUCACUCUCCGAGCACAGAUAGGGAGUCGAAAUGUCUGCUUUUCACGUAGACGAAGCCGCAGGUUCAGACACCGCUGGCGCUGGCACGCCGGAUGCUCCCUACCAAUCGAUCGCGUUCGCACUUUUCACACACGGACAGGAUGCUAAGGUGCUUGUGAGAAAAGAUGCUAACACGCCUUAUGAUGAACCGACUCAGUCCGCCCUCAAGAAAGCAAAGAAAGGAGCAGAUGGACUAGAGAAGAAAAAGAAGAAGGCGGAAGAGUUGGCGGAGAGGGAGGCGAAGGCGAAGGGUGAGGAACGUGAGCGGAGAGAACAGAACAUCGAAGAGAGUAAGAAGAUCAAGCUUGUAGAAGACGAGAGUCUUCCAAAAGCUGUCAAGGCAAAAAUUGUCGCCCUUGCGCCCCUACGCUCCAAACGAGUUCGCGUGCUCGGAUGGGUACAUCGUCUGCGAUCGCAAAAGGAUAUCAUCUUCGUCGUUCUACGCGAUGGAACUGGUUACCUUCAAGCGGUCCUAUCUGGCCAAGUUGCACAAACUUAUGAUGCACUUACGCUUACGCUUGAGUCGACAGUAGAGCUCGUUGGCACACUUCAAGAAGUCCCGGAAGGCAAGAAAGCUCCUGGCGGGCAUGAGCUCUCAGUUGAUUUCUGGCGUGUCUUGGGUGCCGCACCUGGGGGCGACGACGCCUUCACCAAUCGCUUGAACGAGAAAUCUGAUCCUUCGAUCUUGGCAGAUCUCAGGCAUCUAGUUCUGCGUGGCGAGAACGCGUCCAGCGUACUACGUCUGCGCGCUGCCCUCCUACGCUCCUUCCGUGAUUCAUAUAUGGAUCAUCAUCUGUUGGAGGUCACCCCGCCUUGUCUUGUGCAAACGCAAGUGGAGGGCGGCGCGACGUUGUUCAAACUUGAUUAUUAUGGUCAGCCGGCUUUCUUGACCCAGAGCUCGCAGCUCUACCUUGAGACAUGUCUGCCGUCGUUAGGCGAUGUGUUCUGUGUUCAGGAAAGUUUCCGUGCCGAGAACAGCCAUACUCGUCGCCAUCUGAGCGAGUAUACACACUUGGAAGCUGAGCUGGCUUUUAUAACAUUCGACGAUUUGAUGAACCAUAUCGAAUCGAUUAUAUGCGAAACUGUCGACCGACUGCUCCAGAACGAGUCCGCUGCGGCUUUGAUCAAGCAGCUCAACCCCACCUUCCAAGCUCCUGCCCGGCCAUUCCUCCGCAUGUCUUACGUUGAUGCGAUCAAAUGGCUCAACGAGCAUAAGAUCCAGCACGAAGCCGAAGACGCCGAGGGCAACCCGAUCAAGGACGAACAGGGCAAGGUGAAAAUGGUCGACCACAUCGUGGGAGAUGACAUCGCCGAGGCUGCCGAAAGGCAGAUGACGGAUAUCAUUGGGACGCCUAUGUUCUUGUAUGGUUUCCCGGCCGAGCUCAAGGCAUUUUAUAUGCAGAAAACGCCCGGUGGGCCAGGGGAGGGUGGGAAAGUGUUCACUGAGAGCUGCGAUCUGCUGAUGCCUGGCGUCGGUGAGAUUGUCGGGGGCUCGAUGAGAAUCGCAGAGAUCGAGGAGCUUCUGAAAGCAUACAGAAGAGAAGGAAUUGACCCAGCGCCCUACUAUUGGUUUACGGACCAGAGAAAGUAUGGAACCUGCCAGCAUGGAGGGUAUGGUCUGGGUGUAGAGCGGUUCCUGGCAUGGCUGGCUAACAGGUACACUGUUCGGGAGUGCUCUUUAUACCCGAGAUGGCCUGGUCGUGCUACGCCAUGAACGCCGGUGUGGAUUUUUGGUGCCGUUGCUCCGAUUCAUUGCGAAAGAUAUGUAUAUUCAUGGAAUGCGAUCUUUGCUCGCUAUUGUUGUUGUAACUGUUGUCUGGUAGGUAGUGGGUCAAAUAGAUUGCUGUACUAAUGUCAUCCUUAUCUUUCUCCUUG